UGUGGCCGCGCACGCUGCUGUGUCUCCCUACCCUACUUGUACACGUGUGCGCGCUUGCGCAGGGAGGUGUGCCGUGUUAGUCGAGAAAAAAGAAGUCUGGAUUUUUUUACAGAUUCUAUUUGAGUCCAUUUAGCAAACACAAAACUGUAUUCAAAGAACAACGAGUUCCUGGACUUAACUUUGUGGGUUAAUGUAAUUCGGUGCUAUUUUAAUAGAAAAGGCGCUGAACAGGGUGCACGGUGAAAAUGAUGUAAAGAAGAAACGAGGUGUUUUAAAAUCCUAGGACCCUCUCUGGAGCUAAUUCUUAUAGGAUAAGAACUAUCGCUUCAGCUAUUUGUCUGUGGUCAACGUAAAUAGCACGUUGGAUGCCUGAAUAAAGACAGGGACAAAGGGGGGAUACAAGACUAUUCAAAGAUGCUGAAGAAGAGGUCAGCUGCAAUUAUAUAUAACUGUGUCUCCGCCGUGCUGGUGUUGACUGUGCUGCCCAGGUGUGUAAUACCUGCUCAGGCAGACAACUCUCCCAACAAGGACGGACCUGCCGUUCACAUUCCUGCUUUGUUGAACGUUACUCUCUUGGAUUCCAACGGGAACACGCCUAAGCUUUUCUGGAGAAUUGAGGGGCAAUACGGCCAAGAUUCCCCCAAGACUGAAGCUAAAGGAACGAUAAUAGCACCAGUACCAAUUAAUGGAGUUGCAGACCGUCUGGGUUGUGACCGUCAGACUCGCUUUCUUGUCCCUCCCAAUACCAAGCACUGGGUUGCACUGCUGCAUAGAGGAAACUGCACCUUCAAGGAGAAGAUCCUGAGAGCGGCCGCGUUCAACGCCUCUGCUGUCGUCAUCUACAACAACAUGUCCAAGGAAGAGACCAUCACCAUGGCGCACACAGGUACCGGGGACAUUGUGGUGGUGAUGAUCACAGAGUCCAAAGGCAAGGAGCUCCUGAGCUACAUCGAGAACCACCUGACAGUGAUGGUAUCCAUUAUGGUGGGGACGCGCAGCAUGAUGAAGAACAUCAACCGAGGAUCGCUGGUCUUUGUCUCCAUCUCUUUCAUCGUGCUCAUGAUCAUCUCCUCCGCCUGGCUCAUAUUCUACUUCAUCCAGAAGAUCCGCUAUUCCAACGCUCGCGACAGGAGCCAGCGCCGACUUGGAGAUGCAGCUAAAAAAGCCAUAAGCAAGCUUUCCACUCGGACUGUGAAAAAGGGUGACAAGGAAACAGACCCAGACUUUAACCACUGUGCAGUUUGCAUUGAAGGAUACAAGCUAAAUGAUGUGGUUCGCAUUCUACCUUGCAAGCAUGUCUUCCAUAAGAUGUGUGUGGACCCCUGGCUGAACGAACACUGUACCUGCCCCAUGUGCAAGCUCAACAUUCUCAAGGCCCUCGGGAUUAUGCCAAACCUACCUUGUGUGGACAAUGUUGCCUUUGACAUGGACAUGAUAUCCAGAAGUCAGACAUCCAGUCAGAGAUCAAUUCUAGGAGAUUCAACCAAUGAAAACUCAAUCAGCAUGGAGCCCCUGAGACAUUCUGGGACGUCCCAGAUCCCUUUGGAGGCAGAGCUGACGUCUCGCUCUGGAGAGAUUAACAUCGCCGUCACCAGUGGUCAUUUCUUCAGCCGCAGCUCCCUAUCCCCUCGAAACUUGGUCUGCGAGUUCGAGCUUCCGGACAUCCAGCCUUCCCUGGACCUUUACGACGAUAAUAAGUCUUGAGAUUACCUCCUGUCUGCCUCUCUGGCUUUCCCCUCUCAGAUGCACAACGAAAAAACGAGAAGAAAAAAAUACAGCACAAUGACAAACUAUGGGAGUACAAUCCCUGCGCUGCGAGGCAUACCUGCAACAUCAAUUCUUACAGAAUGUGCCCUAACAAUCCUGAGGGUGUUAUUUUGUUUUCUGUGUACAUGUACAUACUUGAUUUAUUUUUAAUUUAAUGUUAUUUUUAAUUAUGAUUACUAUUUGUGCUGGAAUGACUGGAUGGUUUUUGCUUUUGUUAAGAGUGUGCUCUAGCGUCGUUUAUUUUUUAAGCAGAAAAUUGUAACGAGAGGCAAACAUUUUGACCAAAUCAAUCCUCUUUCUUAAAUUUGACUGAUUACCUAAUAACCCUGUGUUUUGAGUGGAUUUAAAUAGCCCAUCUGAAAUAUUAUUAGCUAACCAUUUUUGUUCCUCUUCCAAAAAAAACUGCUAUUCCUAUCUGGUCAGAGCUGUCACAGUGGACGAUUCCGGGGAGACUGGCCUGCUGUAUCAUCCUGACCUUAUUUUGGGUAUUACAAUACUGAGCCAGGAAUACCCAGUAUCAGAGCGCGGAUAAAUCCUGUGGUAACUGAUACAUCUCCAUACACAACUUCCUUCCUGUCCUCUCUGUCUUGUUGUUUUCCUCCUGAAACCUGUAAGCUCUUUAAUGCUCUCUCUGCAGUGUCGCUCAAGUUGCCCCUUAAAUUUGGUGUUUAUUCAUCUAUAAAAGACAGGGAGCUGCAGGUAGUUGUUAGGUUGUUGGAGGGAAGGUCUCAAAAAGGAAAAGGUUUUUCAAGAUUUAGUUCAUUGUGUUGUACCUGACUGGGCUCAACCUGGCAAAACAUUCUUUUGUGAAAGCAGCAUUGCUUAAGUGUCCCACCACAAGCAGCUAAAGGGGUUAUGGUAAGGGUGCAGACUGAUAUUGUAAUUUCCCAGUUAUUAUGUAUUUUAUUACUGUUUUUCAAAGAUCAGUUCUCCCCUCUCCCCUAAUCAACUGGCGUCCUGUGCUAUUUUGAAUGGAUGUGGAUUUAAUUGAGAUGUCACAACGACAAUGGGGGGGAGGUAGUUAUUUAACACCUGAUUAAACUCCAUACAAUCGGACUGCUAUUGCUUCAUAGGUAGUUUAAAAGUAUGGAGAUUCUGAAGAAGAAACACAUUUGGAAUUUAAAAUGCCCUAUCUUUGUUUGUGGCCAGUGUAAAACAAUUGUAUAAAUGAUGCUGCAAAACACCAUUAAACUAGAGAUAUUAAUCAAAAUGCAUAUACCGAAUCAAUGUAUUAUUUAUAAUUGAUAUGACUAACCCAUUAAAUAUGAAUGGCUCACUGCUGGAAGCAGCUGCUGAUCAGGGAUAGUCUCAAGUUCAGAGCAGUAGUUCACAAAGCCAUAUAUACAACACUGCCUGGGUAGCAUGCUAAGGCUGGGCCAUUUAUUUAGCAAAUGUUGGGAUCAAAAGCAACACAACCUGUCCCCUAAAUGAGACAGGAUUCUACUGUAACGUCGUCGAGGAAAAGCUCAAUACGGCAGCUUUUGAGUACAAUACAGUAUUAUGAAUUUGCAGUUGACCACGGUAGUGAAGUCUGGUAAGUCUGGUAAGUUCAUUGGUGGUUGAGACACUAUCAGCUCCAGUAUUUUUUCAGAAGGAUUUCUUAUUGCAUAUUUUACUCAUUUUAAUUGUUAUUUAGGCCAAGUUAAGUGUUUGGAAUGCUUAUUUGGUAGCAGUAGAGUAAUGCAAAGAGGCUUAUAAAAUAUAUUUUCACAUAAACAUAUCCACAGGAUGUAAAGGUUUGGAAUUGAGUGUUUCAUUCCAAAUGAGUUUAUUUUAAACUUGACUGUUCUAUAGAAACGUUCCACAGCACCCAAGGCCAUGCAGAUAUGCACAAUAGAGUUGGUACUGUUUUGUUGUUUAAAAUAACCUGGUACUUUGUUCAUGUAAUGGCCGCUUGUUAUGUUUUGCUUGAGGCUUUUGGUUCAAUAUCUGUGUUUCACUGUGUGCCUUUAAAUCUAUCUCUCUCUCUCUCUCUCUCUCUCUCUCUCUGUGUGUUUUGCAGUAUACAAACUAGAGAUUAAACUUUUCAAAAACAA